GCCUCUGAUUUAUUCAGUAAACUUAUUCAGUCUAUCAGUAUUUUCUAAAUGUUUCUGCCCUUGCCUGUCGUUUAAACCAAUAUUGACAUAGCAAAGAAGAUUCAAUAGGAUCCAAAACAUUUAUAGUCCUAAAAUAAGCCGCAUCUAACCCAGGCGUCUCCUCUCGCCGGACCCUGCCCCUGACUCCUAAUCAGCUGCUAAACUCUAUUUAAAGGAAUCGGGAAUCUUCCUUUAUGCUAAAGGUUCGAGACAUCCAAGGGUCUGCAGGCACUCAAAGCGUGACGAUGGGGAGCGAUAACUUCUCCGCUGUUAACCUGGCAGACUAUCACAUCUCUGAAGACUAUGGCUUUAUACUGGAGAACCCAAAGGACACUCUUCCAGAAUACUACGAGCCCUGGAUGAAAAUUGCACAAAUUUUACCCCUACUGAUCGAAACCAAAAAGUUGCGUGAAGAAGUCCAACAGAUGCCGGAGCUAGGUUUACAACACCUUACAGGCUACCGGGAGCAGCGCCUGGCGCGGGUCAUCCUCAGUCACCUUGUCAUGGGAUACAUAUGGCAGGAAGGGGAGCAAGGUGCAGUUAAGAUGCUGCCCCGAUCCAUAGCCAUCCCAUAUCACCAACUAUCUCAAGUUCUUGGUCUGCCAUCAAUUAUGGUCCACGCUGAUUUUGUGUUGGCCAACUGGAAACGGAAGGACCCCCUUGGACCGAUGACCAUAGAGAAUCUGUCAACCAUUGUGUCACUCCCUGGAGGAGACAGUCUACAAGGUUUUGUAUUGGUCACCUUACUAGUGGAAGUGGCUGCGAUCCCAGGUGUCAAGGCUGUCAUUCAGGCAGUAAAGGCCAUGAUAAACGAGGAGAGGCAGAAUCUGCUUCAAGCUUUAAGGGACAUGGCUCUAUCCAUCAACCAGAUGAGCGAGGCGCUGCGUCUUAUGUAUGAUUAUGUGGAUUCUGAUGUAUUUUACAACACAAUCCGGAUUUUCCUCUCGGGGUGGAAGAAUAACCCAUCCAUGCCUGAUGGCCUGAUUUACGAGGGGGCAGCAGAGGAGCCGUUGCCUUUCUCUGGGGUAAGUGCGGCCCAGAGCUCCGUGUUUCACGUCUACGAUGAACUAUUUGGAAUUCAGCAUCAACCUGAGAGCGCUGACUUCCUCCUGAAGAUGCGUCAGUACAUGCCUCCCGCACACCAGGACUUCAUAGAGCGGAUUAAGAAAGUUCCUAAUCUGGCCGGGUACAUCCAGAGAUCAGAAGACCCUGACCUCCUAGCAGCCUUUAACCAGUGCAUUACUGCUCUUACUGAGCUACGCUCCCUUCACAUCCGCAUUGUCUCCAAAUUUGUGACAGCUGCCGGUGCACGGGCACGGACGAACCAGCUCGUAAAAGAGAAAGAGGUCAUAAAGGUGCAGGAGAGGGGCACCGGCGGCUCACCGGCCAUGGUGUUCUUAAAGAGUGUUAGGGAUACGUGUAAAGAGGGCCUCUUAAAGAGCAAUACAGCAGAGAACAGCUGAGAUAACCCUAACUAAAUGAUUUACUUUGUUAGAUAACCCAAAGACCACUAAUUUGUAUUAAUUAGAUCAUCAGAGCAACUUAAUGCUGCCAUAAGUCAUUAUCCA